UGACUGCGUGACGGCAGCAUGGAGGAAGGAAGCUUGACAAUCCCGUUCCGCCUCCUCCCUACACACUGACACCAGGAAAACUUCCCGAAAACGCUUAAGUCAGACCUUCAGGACUGUGCAGUGGCUGGAAAGUGUUUCAGACCUUCAAGACUGUGCAGUGACUGUAAAGUUUUUUUUUUAUUUACGUGCAACAAUCCAUCUUCAUUCCCGUUCGACUCCAUUCGAAGUUAAAAGCUGUGUUUGUCCAAACAGCAUCAUCAUGGCACCAAAGAGACGGUCUGCUGCUGCUACCAAAGCGGGUGGCAAGAAGGCGAAGGCAGAACCCGAGGCACCGAAGCCGAAGGAUGCCUUUACCUCCGCUAAAGAGGCCCUUCUGGCCGCAGGGCCACAAAUCAAAGGCAGGAGGAAGGUGGACGAACACUGCUCACUGUCAGGGAGUGGAGAGGUGCACGAAGACUUUGACUGCAUGCUCAAUCAGACGAAUAUUGGACACAACAAUAAUAAGUUCUAUGUCAUUCAAAUCAUUAAAGCAGCCAACAAGUACCAUGUGUGGAACAGAUGGGGCAGAGUGGGCGAGAGGGGACAAUCCAAACUGCAAAUGUUUUCAGAUAUUGAAGGUGCCAUAAAGGACUUUGAAAAAAAGUUUAAAGACAAGACAAAGAACAACUGGAAUGACCGUGAGAAUUUUGUGUGUCACUCUGGGAAGUACACCUUGAUUGAGGUGGAUGGAGAUCAGGAUGCUGAAGUCAAGGUGGACAGUGUGGAUGGAAAUACUGUCAAAGUCACUAAAAAUGUGCUACCUUGCACCCUGGAUGAAGCUACACAGGCGCUCAUCAAGCUCAUUUUCAGCAAUGACAUGUUCAAAGAGGCAAUGGAAUGUAUGAACUUAGAUAUCAAGAAGAUGCCAUUAGGUAAGCUCAGUAAGCUGCAGAUCGCAAAGGGCUUCGAGGUGCUGGAAGAAAUUGAAGCAGCCUUGACUCAAAAGAGCAAAAGGCCGCAGCUUGAAGAACUUUCCUCCAAGUUCUUCACAGCGAUCCCGCAUAACUUUGGUCGCAACAGACCACCAAUCAUCGACAACAACGACAUUGUGGACAAGAAGAAAGAGAUGCUGAUGGUGCUGGCUGAUAUCGAGCUCGCCCAGACCCUGAAAUCAGAGACGGAGAAGGCACAGGAAGAGAUGAUAGAAGUGGUUCCCGACCCGCUCGACCAGGACUACGAGUCCCUCAAGAGCAAGCUUUCUCUGAUGGAGAAAAGCACAGAAACAUUCAAGAUAAUCGAAACAUACCUGAAGCAAACACAGGGCUAUCAUAAGCCCAAAAUUGUCAAUGUAUGGGAAGUUGACAGACAGAGCGAGGGGGAGCGAUUUCAGGAGAAUGAUGCACUGGAGAACCGCCGUCUGCUGUGGCAUGGCACGAACAUCGCGGUCGUGGCUGCGAUACUGAAGAGCGGCCUGAGGAUAAUGCCCCAUUCGGGGGGCCGCGUUGGUCGUGGUAUCUAUUUUGCAUCUGAAAACAGCAAGUCAGCAUCUUAUGUGCGCACGUCCAAAAAAACAGGCGUGAUGUUUUUGAGUGAAGUGGCCCUCGGUAGAGAACAUACCAUCACUCAAGACGACUCGUCAUUGAAAAAGGCUCCUAACGGAUACGAUUCUGUCGUUGCGCGUGGCAAUGUGGAACCAGAUCCCUCUAAAGACACCUUCAUCACCCUUGAGGGCAAGAAAGUGUCCGUCCCACAGGGUAAGCCUAUCAAGCAGUCUCGGUACUCUGACAGCUACUUCAGCAACAGUGAAUAUCUCAUCUACAAAGAGAGUCAGUGUCGCCUGCGCUUCUUGCUUGAGCUCAAUAUGUAAGGAAGACGGGACCACCUUAUGCCCGCCUUUGCCUUUUUACUCACAAGUUCUACAGUCUAUUCAUCCAGUUAAGAGUGGGAAAAAUUGAACUUUGGUUCACUCAAUUUAAAAAAUCUCAAUCUGCAUUGCCGCUCAUUUUGCACCCCUUAAUGAAUUUUGAAGGUGUACCUAAUGUUAUGGCCGGAGUCUUGGUAGUCUCCUUGAAGAAGCUUGCUUCUGCUUUCUAAUGCAUCACUUGAUAUGUGCAAUCUGGUUGUGAAGCCUUUGCGAAUGCAUGUCAUGCAAUCUUGAAAAUGCUUUCAAUUCUAUACACUAGAAUGUUUUAAUUCUUCUGUAAUUAUAUUGUUCAAUAUUUAGAGGAAAACAUGGUAUAAACUGCAAUGUUACUACUAA